AUGCCGUCGCCGAAAGAAAUCGAACAGGCGCACAAGACCCUUUUCGAAGAAGGCAUCAAAAUUCGGCGGGAAGUCGCUGGAGACGCCUACGUGGACGCGUCAUUGAAGAGGCAUUCUUCGGAAUUCUCCAAGCCUUUACAAGAUAUCGUGACUGGCGUCGGAUGGGGAUGGAUAUGGAGCAGACUCGGGCUGGAUCGCAAGCAGAGGAGCUUGAUUAAUCUGGGGAUGUUGUGCGCCCUAAACAGGAGCACAGAGCUAGGCGUACAUGUCAGAGGUGCGCUGAGGAACGGCGUUACCGAGGUUGAGAUUAGAGAGACGCUGCUUCAAGUAGGAGGGUAUUGUGGAUUGCCAGCCGCGAUUGAGGGGUUCAGAGUGGCCGAAAGGGUCAUUGAGGAGUACAAGAAAGAGGAGGCACAAGUCAAGUCAAAGCUUUGA